CAUACAGAGAGAAAGCACAAGAGAAGGAGAGACACUCAGGAAGUUAACAGGGGAAGUUUAGUGGUUUCUUGCGUCAUCGUUUUAUGCUGCUUCUUGCGUGCCGAUGCAGAGUGAAGGGUGGAAGAUAAACCAAAAUAUGUCCUAACACUCCAGCUUUAACAUAUGAACUCCAAAGCAACGCAGCUUUCAGAGGAAGCAACCUGCACCCAACAACAUGCACUGAAGCAAAGGAAACAAAAGCAGCAGCAGCACAGUCAAAUCUCUGAAAUGUGCACCACCUCUACAAAGUCAUUGUCACAUUAACCGAGUUGGUCAACACAUCCAGCAGCCACGCAGAGAGAGUCAGAGAGUUGAUCUGACGGUCACUAACUGAGCAGCUCGGGCCGGUCUGAAUGUGAGGUGAAAACAACAGACAGGAAAAUAUGCGAAGAGUUCGGAGAAGAGGAGGGAACAAAGAGAAGGUGUUUGGAUGUGAUCUGCUCGAGCACCUGACUGCCUCCUGUCAAGAGGUUCCUCAGGUCUUGCGAUGCUGCAGUGAGUUUGUUGAGCAUCAUGGAAUCGUGGAUGGAAUCUACAGGUUGUCUGGAGUGUCAUCCAACAUACAGAAACUAAGGGGUGAGUUUGAGAGCGACGGGAAUCCAGACCUGAACAAGGAUGUGUAUCUGCAGGACAUCCACUGCGUCAGCUCUCUGUGUAAAGCUUAUUUCAGAGAGCUGCCGAACCCUCUGCUCACAUACCAGCUGUAUGACAAGUUUGCUGAGGCUGUGGCCAUCCAGUUGGAAGAGGAGAGGCUGGUAAAGAUCAGAGAUGUUCUUAAAGAGCUGCCGACACCACAUUACAGGACUCUAGAGUUCCUGAUGCGUCAUCUUGUCAGAAUGGCCUCAUAUUCCUCAGAGACCAACAUGCACGCCAGAAACCUGGCCAUCGUCUGGGCCCCCAAUCUGCUCAGGUCAAAGGACAUUGAGGCGACUGGGUUUAACGGUACAGCAGCCUUCAUGGAGGUCAGGGUUCAGUCCAUUGUAGUGGAGUUCAUCCUCACACACGUCCCUCAGCUGUUUCCUGAACAAGAUGUAUCAGGUGAGAGGAGGAAGUCCCUCCCCUCCCCAUGUGCUGCGUCCAGUCAGGAUGAAGCAUUUUUCAAGUCAGUUCCCAAUCAGCCUGUCACCAACUUUGGGAACAUCAGUCCAGGAGACGGUCCUCUGCGCAUAAGACCCUACCAUGCUAUCAUUGAAGGCACAGACAAGAGGAAAGGAUCACUCAAGGGCAGGAAGUGGAUGUCCAUAUUCAACAUCGGGGGACGAUUUCCUGACCCACGGCGAAGGCACAAACACUCAGCUAAAGAGAAAGAAAAUCAUUCUCUGAGGCCGGCAAGAAGCAUGGACUCCCUCAGCACCCCGUCAUAUCCAAAUGAAGGCUCCAGACAUCCAGGCCAGCGCCCUCCCUCCACCAACAUGUCUCCCGUCAUCAUCCCUGCCCCCCAGUCAAGCCCAGAAGUUGCAGCAUCUCCCGGUGCAUUAGGUGGCAGUGAAUACGCCGUGACAUACCGCAGGGGAACAGGGUUAGUAAGUGGGGGUGCAGGGACCCAGGGCACCUACACUGCUCUUGACCCUGAUGGUUUAGGGGUCACAGGCAAUGAGGUUCUUCAGUCCAGGUCCCCGGGACUCUCCACUAAAGCAGGACGAAGAGCAGCCAUGCACAUCACAGGGCCCACCAUGGUUACUGUGCCACUACAUAUCACCUCUAACCUGGCAUUAGGGGUGCUGCAGGGGGGCGGGAGUGACAGGAUCAUCCAUCGUGGUAGGGAUAAGGAUGGAGGGGACAGGGUGGAAGGUAAAGAGGAAGGAGACAGGGUGGAGAGGAAGGAAAGCAGGGAGAUGGAGGUGAAGGUGGAGGAAAGCAGAAAGGUCAAGGAAACGGAGAAAGACAGGGAAGGAGUUGUGGAUGUGGAAGGGAAUAGAGUGGUGGCAGAUGGUGUUGGCAAGGAAAAGGGUGAAGGAGCAAAAGAGGAAGAGAAGAAGGAAGAGGAGGUGAGAGAUGACUCUGGAUGGAACCAAGAGCUGGUGAUGGGAGAUCCAGCUGUGCCCAGAGAGCAACGAACCACAAGCUUCAACUCCAACAGAGAUGAUGAAGAUGCUGAAAAUAACGACCAGUAUAUUGAAGACAGUGAAUACAUGGAAAUGAAAGGGAUGGAACCAGCUGAUCGUCAGCCUAGAGAUGUCAGUGUGUUUGAUGGUUCUGACGUCCUCAACUCAACUGAAGUAGGAGGGGACGACCAGGAGCUGUUUGGCUACGUUCAAGAUAACUUUGAAUUCCUGGACCAGAUGGACUGCAGCGUCAUGGACCACAUGGACUGCAGCGUCUCCUAUCAGGUGAACGAGUUCUCCGUCGAACCUCCUGGUCACUCAGAUGAUGAGUAUGAAGUCAUGGUGCAAGCUCAGCCUCCCCAUCAUCCUGCAGAGGAACAGACACACCUGCAGCCGUCCCCCGAAAUACACACCCUGAGUCAGAACGAGUUGAAUCCCCACAGGCCGCUCAGCCUCGACCUUAACAGCCGACACACUAAAUCCCUCAGCUUGCCUUAUAUGACGUCACCUGUCCACGGACCGGGGGAGUCUUGCUCUGAGGACGAGGAUUUAGGGGACAACAGCGAUGACGAUGAUUACAGCUGUGAGGAAGAUGAGAACAUGUUUUAUAAUAGCCUUCCCGCUGAUAUGUUUUUAAACAAUUUGACCGGGCUUGAACUAGACACUGAUGCACGACACCGUUGCAGCCUUGAUAGACUCACUGUUGAUCAAUUAAAGAGCUCUGAAGGAAGAGAACAUGAGACAAUGCACUCUAAAGAAGCAACCACUGGAGACCAGGAGCAGGGAGAAGUGAUGGAUGCAGAAGAUAAACAGGAACUGGAGGGAAAACAGAUAAUGAAAAAUGAAAAUGAAGAUACACUUGAUAAGCAGGGAGACCAACCAGAACAACAUAUGCAAAGCGGAGCAGUGGAGGAAGAUAUCAACAUCCUGGAAGAUGUUCAAAGUGACAGCGAAAAGCCUCCUAGUCCAGAAGUGUCAGCAGACUGCUGUGUGGAGUUUCCACCGCCAAGCGACGAGAACAUUGAUGAAUUAAGCACUAUAGAGGUCGAGGAGGAGAAGGAAGUGGUUGAUAAUCCUCAAAGUGAUUAUCCGCCCUGUCACGCAGAUUGUUGUGCUGCGCAGGAGAUGGGUGACGUUUCAUUAGAGGAGUCCAGAGAACAUCCUAGAACCUGUGCUGGAGGGGAUAUAAAAGAGAGCCACAGUGAUGAGGGAGAGAACAGCAGGGUAUGCAAAGAGGUCGAGGAAAUAUGUCAAGAAAUGUCUCUGGAAAUAAAAGAAAGUGACGAGGUCAUAUUUGAAGAUCCCACUGAAGAAAGCGAAGAAGGACUAGAUGACAAAAAAGAUGAAGGAAAGAUGCAGGGAGAUGGCAAAGAGCAGGAUAGUGCAAUCUGGGAGGAACUUGAGGAAGUUAUAUGUGAUGUGAUAGAGGGUGAGGAAAGUGAGCAGGGUGAGGGAGAGGGUGAUGCUGGGCAGGGAGAUGUAGAAAAAGUUGGAGACAGAGAAGAAGAAGAAACAAAGGUUUCAGGAAAUAAAACAGUAGAAGUGGAGGAAGGAGGGACAAACAAGACAGAAGUUAGGAUAGAGGUGGAGGAGGGAUCGAUGGAGACAACUGAAGAAAAGCUCACAGACCCAGACAUUCAGCUAGAGUUUGAGGAAAGAGAGACUUGCAUAGCAGAGACAAGUGAACUAGGAGACGCAAUUCGAGGGGAGGAUGCGGUCAGCGAAGAAGCACGGCAUCAUGACAGAGAAGAAGUGGUUUCAAAAGAGCCGGAAAAAGAGAACAAUGACAAAGAGAUAACUGAUGAGCAACCUAGAACACAGCCAAGUGUAGGUAAACAACUAAAAGAGGCCAGGUCUACUAUGAAAAAAUCAAAGUGUGAGGAGAGUGACAGCGGCCCAGGAGGAGUAGAUAGGAAGCUGGUUGUCUCCAAAAACCCGAAGAUUUACCAGGUGAAAGCGGUGCCGGUUGUGCCUCCGAAGCCUCAGCACUGCAAAAUCACCGCCCUGACCCUCCGGCAGCAGCAGCAGCAGAGGGAGAGACGAGAGGCGGACAGGGGGAGGGAGAGCACGCUGAGAGUCCCGACAGAGCAGGAAAAAGUUUGUGCGGCAGAGCAAGGGAGAGAUGGAGGGGAGAGAGAGGGGGAGAGGAGGAGGGACGGGGAUGAAGGCGUCACGAGGGACACAAACAGAAACAGUCCCCUCAGCAUGUGUUUCGACGAGGCCGUUGCCAUAGCAACCAUGAGGCGAGAAAAAGAGAAAGAGUGCGAGAAGGAGAAGGAGAAGGAGAGGCAGAGGGACUGGGGAAGUGAAGUGCAGUGAGGAUUUAUUUUUAUUUUGUCUGUACAUUGAUCUUAACUGAUUUUUCUGUACAAACUAUUUUUUCUAAAUGUAGCAUAAAAGGCUGUAUUUUGUCUAUAUUGAAUAGGGAUUAUAUUUCAGUAUAAAUUACAGCAACAGUAUUGUCUGCUACUAAUGUUUAAGUAGUUUUUCUGUCACACGCAAACUUGCAGCCAGAAAACGAAUAGGUUUUUUAAGUAAUCUUAUAAGGAUUUUAACCUCUUUAUUAGAACUGUAGAGAGCUGACAGGAAAAUGAGUUGUGAGACAUUCGGGGGCGAUAUGCAACAAAGGUCCCUGACCAGGGACCAGUUUUACGGUUAUUGUCUUAAACUCCAAAGCCACAAGUACUCGUAUAAACGAGUAACAGCAGGUGUAAUACCUGCUAUUAAGUUAAAUAAAACAUAGAAACUGAAAGCAAACACACAGUGAGGUGGGAUUAACGGUGAAGUGCUGCUCCAACAUGUUUAUGAAAUAUUUCACAGAUCGUCUGGAUUAACUGCCAUUUGUUAAACUCCGGACUUUCAUAGUUUCUACACUCUAGGUCUGCAAAACAAAACAUCCCACCGCUGGAUAGUUUAAUUUAGUUUAAAAGCAAAAGGAUGAACCUCAAAUCCAGCUCACCCCUGUUUGCACUUAGUCAUCUAAUUAUACAAUACUUUUUACAUGAAGUAUAUGUAUAUACACAGUGUAUGUACAAAGAAAAAUCUGGCAAAUAUGUGGUUAAAUGGUAGAGUUGAAGAGCAGAUGAAUGGAAUGUAUCAUUUGAGAUAAAUGUAAUGUGUGAAAAAGUAUUUUGGAUUAUGUGAAUAAAGAGAAGUUUCCAAGA